UUUGAUUGGCUGAUCUACUGAGGUUUGUAAAUGGUAGAUGUAUGUUGAUGAGAUGCAAAGAUUGAAAUUGUGAAGUCAAUGGAGAAUGAUGCACAACGCGAUGUCGGACAUUAACGAGCACUAUAAAACACGAGAAGAUAAUUAUUCCAUAAAUUGUUACUCAUGGAAAGAAAACAAUAUGUUACUUAGUCAAGAUACUUUUCAUUUUAUCUAAGGUUUCACGACAAGAUGCUGUGAAAGAGAGCGAUGAUUUCGAGGAUGUCAGUCAGAGCAGCUCGACCGACACAAGCGAGUCGCAGACGUCAUCGGCCGCCGUCAGUCAACUGAUGGGGCGAAUAAACCUUGCCAAGCAGGAGACAUUCAUGAAACUGAAACAAGAGUAUGAAACAAAAAUCUCUAAACUCACAGACGAUCUAGAACAGGCCAUGAUCUUAAAUGAUGAACGGGAAAAGUGCAUUGACGAUAUUACGGAAAAAUUUGAAGAGAAGAUUAAUGAUAUGAGAGUGCAUUACGAGGUCAGAAUGAAAGAGCUGGAGGAAUCCAGUUUUGAUAUUGAGGACAUUAAAGAGAAAGUGAAAGUAGAAUUUGUGAAGAAUUACGAGGCUGAGUUAGCCCGAGUGCAUGUUGAAUACGAGGAAAAAAUGGAUCUAGUGAGACAGGAAAUGCAGGAGAAUUUUGAUUCAGAGAAAUAUGAACUGGAAAAACAGCAUAAAUCAGAAUUGGAGGCUGCAGAAGAAAAAUAUGACACCUUGAUAGAAGGAAUUCGAGGAGGAGAUGCUCCCGAGGUUGCAGACUUAGUUCGGGAUCGGAUCGACACGGAGCUGGAGAUGGCAAAGUCACUCAUGCAGCAAGAAUUUGAGGAGACCAUUGAAUCGGAACAGGCCCGGUUUAACGACCUCCAGGAAGAAUUUGCCCGAGAGAAACAGGAAGAGAAAGAAGAAGAGAUAAACAAAAUAUACGCACAACACGAAAAAGAAAUCGCCGAGAGUCGACAGAGUCUGUCGGAGGAAUUUCAGGCUAAACUAGAUGCGGUGGAGGAGCGAUACAGUAAAGAAAUCGAUAACUUGCAGAGCCAGAUAGAAAACGGCAUGCAACAGACCCUCUCUACCGAAUACGAAAUUCAGGAGUACCAAGAUAAAAUCCACGAACUCGAAGCCGAAAUUAAAAGAUUAGUGAAAGAAAGUGAGUCUAGUGAUGAAAAGUCGUCCAAACGUUUGGUGGACGAGUCUGGAGUCAUGGUUUCGGCAUCAAGUGAAUUUGAUACGGAUGUGGAAACAAAGGAUUCUGGUCAGGGAACCGAAAAUGUAGUGGUGGAUCAGACUGAUUCAAGUGGUGGGUUUGAAAUAUUUGAAAAAACUGAUGAGGAUAGUGAAGUUUCAGGAAGGGAUCUAAGAGACUCCGGGGGUGUAGUGUUAGACCAAUUGGAUGAGAGUGACAAGCAGACAGCAAAUCGCCAGGAUUCUAGUGCUGACAAGCAGAGAGCAGAUCACCGAGAUUCUAGUGCCGACAAGCAGAGAGCAGAACGCCGGGAUUCUAGUGCCGAUUUAGACAACACCUUACAGGAUUUAAAAGGUUCUCACGCAGCGGCCAUAGCCGAGAUUGAAGAGGAAUAUAACUCUAAACUGGCCAGUCUUAAAACAGGUUUAGAAAAGGACUACCAAGACAAACUAGACAAAAUAAAGAAAGAACUUUCCAAUACCACAAGUUCCCAGACAGAAGAGGUUACUCAAGGACAAGGUCAAGGGACAGGAAAAGAUGACCUUGACAUGGAACAUGUAGAAGAGCUGCGUGACCUUGAAAUUCGUCUGACAGAAAAACACAGCAAGGACUUGUUUAACCUGGAGAGUCAGUAUACGAAGCGGAUUGAGGAGAUUCAACAGCACCACCAGGUGGAGAUGAAUAAUCUGAAGAAGAUUCUGGAUGACCUACAACAGACCUCCGGCUCUGAGGAAAUCAUGCAGAAAUCUCAGGAACAACUUGUGCUGUCUUCCUCCGGGCCCAAGCGAAGCACGCCCGUAAGUGAAAUGGACGAGGAUGAAGAUAGUUCCCACGGUAACGGGACAUGUCCCCAGGAGAAAUCCGUGGACUUGAUUAAGUUCGAAUCGAGUUACGACGACAGCGGGAGUGUGCUCCAACCUCCGACGGAAAAACCUCCAGCCGUACCACGGGAUGCUGGGACUGAUCUGAUGGAUGAAGUCCGAGAACUGGGGACGCAGUCUCCUUCAGCAGAUGCACUGUCCAAAAAGGAAGUGUACAGCGAGACAGAAAGUGGCCGGAGUACCCCGCCAGACCUACUCCAGACCAUGUCUGCUGACCUCUUGACCCAGAACAUGCAAACGAUGAAAUCUCUGGGAUCCUCCACCGAAUUUUCGACGGGCGAGCAGCAAACAGAAACGACGUCUCUAGCAACAGAGCUCAGAGACAAGGAGGUCAAAAUAGGAGAGUUGGAGAAGGAGAUUGAGACUUUACAGAAGAAGUUUGCGGAAAUUGUUGAGCGCCGGGAACGGGAGAGUGAGGAGAGUUGUAACCUUGAGGUCAUGCUUCGAACUGACCUUGAACGAGUUCACUUUGAACGAGAGUCUGUGCAGUCCACAAAUGACCACCUCCUUCAGUUGUUGUCGGACACCGUGAAAACGUAUCUAAAUGUUGAGGACACCAUCAACAGAAAGCUGGCAAGCAUCGUCACUGGUGGUCGUCAUGGUGAUCAGGCCUCGCCUCUAAUACAGAGGAGGUCCCCGCCCUCGGGGAAACAGAGGUCCCCUCCAAGGAGCCACCCGAGGUCCCCACCAGCCAGUUACCACCGAACUCCACCAGAACCAAGUUCACCGGGCGGUGCGGAAGGAGGAGACCUCCCUCCCCACGAGACAAGUGUCAUGUCUAACCUUACAGAUGAGGGAUUGGACCUGUCCCAGAGGACCAUCACAGAGAGCAUAUUCCAGGGACCAGAUCUCGACACUGAGGGGGAGGAUCUACUGACAG